AUGGCGUGGACGCAUCAUUCGUUUCACAUUCGACCUGUGGAUGGCCGGGAGCGCAAGCCACUGGCGCCGCUUAAUGUAGCGACGCGCUUUGACAUCUUGCGCACGCUCGACAUCUCGAACGACGAGCUCGCGACCGAAUGGGCGACAACCGACUGGGUGCGCGACGCUCGGACAGAGUCGGCCACCGAUUUCACCGUCGACGCGUGCCACGACAUUGUCAUGCAACUGCGGCGUCGCUGGGGCAUGCGACGCUAUGUGUUGCACGCAGCAAAUCGGACACCGGUCACGUGGACAAUGCGCCUUCGCGGGCUCUUUCGGUGCUCCCACGACCUGUACUAG